AUGACUACUGAAAACUUUCGCUUUUACAUAAAAGUACGUACUGCACUUAACAUUCCAGCAAGAGUUAUCCAUGAUGAAUUGAACUCUGUUUAUGGUGAUGAAGCCCCUGGUCUGAGCACAGUCGAACGAUGGUCAAAAUUGUUUCGUGAAGGUCGGGAAGAAAUUGAAGAUAAAGCGCGACCUGGUAGACCUAUUGCUGAAACAACAACUGAAAAUAUCGAACAGAUUCAUCUUCUCAUUGAUCAUGAUCCUUACAUUACAAUCGAGGGUAUCCAAGAACGAACUAAUUUGAGUUAUGGGACUGUUCCACGAAUAAUCGAUGAUCAUUUAAAGCUUCGGAAGAUAACCGCACGUUGCAUACCUAAGGAUCGUACCGAUCUUCAGCGAGCUGAACGGGUUCGAAUAUGCAAGCAAAAUUUAGAAAAAUUCCACCAAGGCACGUGGCGUUUAUGUGAUAUAAUUACUGGUGAUGAUUCCUGGUUCUAUCACAAACAGGUCGGUCGAAAGGUAUCUAACAAAGCAUGGGUGAGUAUAGGAGAUCCUCCACCUACUAUUGUUCGAGGAAGUCGGUUCGCAUCAAAAACCUUGUUUUCGAUCUUUUUCAAAUCGACCGGGCCUAUGUUAACCCAUCGAAUCGAACGUGGUCAGACUGUUGACCAUCAUUAUUACAUCAACCAGUGUUUACGACCUCUGAUCGACGAGAUCAAACGUCAAAGACCUUCGUAUGGGACUCGUGGUAUCAAAAUUCAUCAUGACAAUGGUAGACCACAUGUGCAUAAAGAUGUAUCCGAUUAUCUUGAAUCUGAAGGCCUUACAAUAAUACCGCAUCCACCUAAUUCUUCAGAUUUAUCACCUUGUGACUUCUGGUUAUUCGACUUGAUCAAAAAUAAUCUGACUGAUCAAGAUGAUUCAGAAUCAUUACAUGAUGCUGUGGCCGAUUUCAUGCACUCCUUAAAUCGCGACGAGUACAAAAAGACCUUCGAGAAAUGGAUCGAAAGAAUGCAGCUGUGUGUAAAUAAUCAUGGUGAUUACUUUGAACAUUUAGUGAAAUAA